ACACACUCUCUCUCUCAUCAUUUAUAUUAUACCGUUUAAAUCAUCAUAGUAAUAGUAAUGGAAACCAAGGCUGAAGUUGUUUCUUCUUCUGCUGAAUCCAGCUCCAAACACGUUUCUCCAAUGGAACUUGGAAUUGAGAAUUUUGGGUGCAAACAUUACAGAAGGAGAUGCAAGAUCAGAGCACCAUGUUGUGAUGAGGUUUUUGAUUGUAGGCAUUGCCACAACGAUGCUAAGAACUCUGAGGAGAUUAAUGUUAAGGAUCGUCAUGAUAUCCCACGCCAUGAAAUUAACAAGGUCAUUUGUUCUGUGUGUGAUACAGAACAAGAUGUUCAACAGAACUGCAUAAACUGUGGGGUAUGCAUGGGCAAGUAUUUUUGUGGUACUUGCAAAUUCUUUGAUGAUGAUGUUUCAAAGAACCAGUACCACUGUGAUGAUUGUGGCAUCUGCAGAACUGGAGGAAAGGAUAACUUUUUCCAUUGCAAGAAAUGUGGGUGCUGCUACUCUAAAAUAAUGGAAGCUGGUCAUCGCUGUGUGGAAAGAGCAAUGCAUCACAAUUGUCCUGUUUGCUUUGAGUAUCUGUUUGAGACAUUAAGGGAUAUUACUGUGUUGCCUUGUGGGCAUACCAUACAUUUGGAGUGUGUCAAAGAGAUGGAAAGACAUCAUAGGUACUCUUGUCCGGUUUGCUCCAAAUCCAUUUGUGACAUGUCAAGUUUAUGGAAGAAGCUUGAUCAAGUGAUUGCCUCAACUCCAAUGCCAGAAACCUACAAAAACAAGAUGGUGUGGAUUCUGUGUAAUGAUUGUGGAGUGAAUUCUCAAGUGCAAUUCCAUGUUGUGGCACAUAAAUGCUUAAGUUGCAACUCUUACAAUACAAGGCAGAUACAGGGGAGCCCUGCUACCUCAUGUUCUUCAAGAGUCACUGAGAUGGUUAGGUGAGUGUUAUUGGACCUUGCCGGAGCACUCGGCUUGAUCGGAUCGGACAAGACCGGACCGGACUGGACCGGACCACUUUAUUGGUUAUCAUUUGGUAGAAUUCUUUUGCUCAUGUUAUAGAGGAAGGCACAAGGCUUGUUCAAGCUCCAAAUUUUGUACUUGGAAUUUUAUAUGUUAUGGUGCAAUGUUGUUGUUAUAACUUUCUUUCUUA